CAGACACGCCAUGGCCGGAGCCCUGCCCAGCCCCGCUCUCCUGCUCUGCGCCGCCCUGGCCCUCUCCGCCCGGGCUGACGAGUUGCUGGCCAGCACCCGGGCGGGGCGGGUGCGGGGCCUGCGGGUGCCCGUCCUCUCGGGCCAGGUCUCCGCCUUCCUGGGCAUCCCGUACGCCGAGCCGCCCGUGGGCAGGCUGCGGUUCCGCCGGCCGGAGCCCAAGCGAGCCUGGAGCGGGCUGCUGGACGCCGGCGCCUACCGCCACGCCUGCUACCAGUACGUCGACACCCUCUACCCCGGCUUCCCCGGCACGGAGAUGUGGAACCCCAACCAGGAGAUGAGCGAGGACUGCCUGUACCUCAACCUCUGGGUGCCCUCCCCGCGCCCCAAAAACGCCACCGUGCUGGUCUGGAUCUACGGCGGCGGCUUCUACAGCGGCUCCGCCUCGCUGGACGUCUACGACGGGCGCUACCUGGCCUACGCCGAGCAGGUGGUGGUGGUCUCCAUGAACUACCGGGUGGGGGCCUUCGGCUUCCUGGCCCUCUCGGGCAGCCAGGAGGCGCCGGGCAACGUGGGGCUACUGGACCAGCGGCUGGCCCUGCAGUGGGUACAGAGCAACAUCCAUUUCUUCGGGGGCAACCCCAAGGCGGUGACCAUCUUCGGGGAGAGCGCCGGGGCCGCCUCGGUGGGCAUGCACCUGCUCUCGCCCGGCAGCCGCCCGCUCUUCCGCCGCGCCAUCCUGCAGAGCGGGGUGCCCAACGCCCCCUGGGCCACCGUGCCCCCGGCCGAGGGCCGGCGCCGGGCCGCCCAGCUGGCCAAGCUGGUGGGCUGCCCGUCGGGCAACGACUCGGAGCUGGUAGCCUGCUUGCGGGACAAGACCCCACAGGAGCUGAUCGACCAAGAGUGGCAGGUGCUGCCCCACCAGAGUGUCUUCCGCUUCUCCUUCGUGCCGGUGUCCGACGGGGACUUCUCCGGCGAGGUGCCCGAGGCCACGCCGGGCGCCGGCGGCUUCAAGGAGACCCAGGCGCUGGUGGGGGUGGUGCGGGACGAGGGCACCUACUUCCUGAUCUACGGGGCGCCCGGCUUCAGCAAGGACAACGAGAGCCUGAUCAGCCGGGAGGACUUCCUGGGCGGGGUGCGCAUGGGGGUGCCCCAGGCCAACGAGCUGGCGGCCGAAGCCGUGGUGCUGCAAUACACCGACUGGCUGGACCAGGACAACCCGGUGAAGAACCGGGAGGCCAUGGACGACAUCGUGGGGGACCACAACGUCAUCUGCCCCGUCACCCACUUCGCCCUGCGGCUGGCUGAGCGGGGCGCCCGGGUCUACACCUACUUCUUCGACCACCGCGCCUCCAACAUGCUCUGGCCCCCCUGGAUGGGGGUGCCCCACGGCUACGAGAUCGAGUUCGUCUUCGGCCUGCCCCUCGACCCCAGCCUCAACUACACGGCCGAGGAGGCCGCGCUCAGCCGCCGCAUGAUGCGCUACUGGGCUAACUUCGCCCGCACUGGGGACCCCAAUGAGGUAUCGGAGCGGGGGGUGCGCUGGCCCCCCUACACCCCGCGGCAGCAGCAGUACGUACAGCUGAACCCGCGCCCCCUGGCUGUGGGGCAGGGGCUCCGGGCCCAGGUCUGCGCCUUCUGGAACCGCUUCCUGCCCAAGCUUCUCAACAUCACUGAUAACAUCGAGGAGGCUGAGCGGCAGUGGCGGCUGGAGUUUCACCGCUGGAGCGCGUACAUGGGCCACUGGAAAAGCCAGUUCGACCACUACAGCCGACAAGACCGGUGCUCCGAGCUGUGAGGGGGUGGCCCCCUGACAGCCCCCCAACCCCUCACAGCCUCUCCCAACAGCCCCCCAACCGCUCACAGCCCCCCCAACAGCCCCCCACUUCCUCCUGACAGCCCCACACCACUGCUCCAAAUGGUGACAGGGCGGCCCCCGACAGCCCCCAACCCCCCACCUCCUCCCAACCCCCCCACAGCCCUCCACCUCCUCCUGACAGCCGCCCACCCCUCACCCCACACCUACCCCCUCCCACCGGACUGUGCAAUCUGAGACACCCCCCCCGCCAGUCUAAGGUGUGUGUGUGUUGCCCCCCCCCGUAUCUGUAUAUAACGGUUAUUUAAGGGAUUUGUGAGAAAUAGAAAAAUAUCUAUAUUAUAUAUGCAGCACCCCGAGUCGCUGCCCGUGAGCCCUGCGCUGCCCCUGACCCCUCCCCACACUGACCCCCAAUGCCCAGCCCCCCAACCCCUUCACGUGCUGUCCCCCCAACCCCCCACCCCUCCGCAUACUAACCCCUAACUCCCCAAACACCCCUUCAUCCCCCCCAAUGUUCCCUCCUGCAGCCCCCCCAAUCCCCCCAUCUAUAUUAGCUGGGUCCUACAGCUGCUCCCCCCGACUGUCCCCCAAGUCUCCUGCCCCACCCCCACCCUUGCCCCAUGUCAGGGCUCCCCCAGCAGCCCACGACCCCCCCUUCCCUGAAGCCUCAGCGGGAAGCUACAUCAACAAGUGGGGGGCUGCUCAGAGCCCCCCCCCAACAACCUGCAUGGCCACCGCGCGCAGCCCUCCGGGCCCGACCUGUGUGUGAACCGUCCAAUAAAGGAA